AAUCGGUCUUGAAAGAACUGACUGUCUCAAUUGUGCACGAGGGAUCUCAAAGCAUUGAUGAAAGACAGCGGCGGAGCAGCGCAAGCAGCGACUUGCAGACUGCGACAGCGGGACAGAGCGGCAAUUAAAUGUAAAACGACUGAUUUCACCGCGUUUUCGAAGUACUACAGCCCUGUUCCUAUCAUGAAUGACUAGAUGACGAAGAGGAACCAGGGAAAGGAAGAGUGGAGGUUCGCUUCUCUCAUCACGGGGUGCCGGUGAAAGAGGGGUAACAUUGGUCAAAAACGUAAAAAGAGAAUAACCGCACCAUUAUCAGUCGCGUCUGUCUGUCGUGAGAUGACAAAGGUUCAUUGAAGCGGCGGAUCAUGUCUCAGAAGAAGAUAUUCCUGGUCAUUGUGGCGAUCAGUACCGUCAGUCUACUGCUGCACCAUGGGGGCCACUUCAGCUGGACGAUGGAAGCCCUUCACCUGGGCUGCCCGUCGCUGCGCACCCACCCGUCCUUCUCUCUCAAGCCCAAACACACCAACGUAGCCUUUCUCAAGACGCACAAGACGGCCAGCACCACCAUGCAGAAUCUGCUCUUCCGCUUCGCCGAGCACCACAACCUGACCGUGGCGCUCCCUGUGCAGGCCUGCGGACACCAGUUCUGCUACCCGCGCACCUUCAGCACCCACCUCGUCCACCCACACACCCUGCCACCCAACGUGGUCACCAGCCACAUGCGCUUCAACCAUGCCGAGAUGCAGCGCCUCAUGCCUAACGAUACCAUCUACGUGACCAUACUUCGAGAACCAGGGUCCAUGUUUGAAUCGUUGUUCAGCUACUAUAACCAGUACUGUCAGAGUUUUAAGAGAGUUCCCAACGGGUCUCUGGAGGCGUUUCUGGACGAACCGUGGCGGUACUACCGUCCGGACGAGAAUGACUCCAUGUAUGCCCGUAACACUCUGACUUUUGACCUUGGCGGGGACAAGGACCAUCCGGAGGCGGACGUGGCUGCGUAUGCCCGGGCCUUCGUGGCCAAGACGGAGCGCGUCUUCUCCCUGGUGAUGAUCGCUGAGUACUUUGAUGAGUCGCUGAUCCUCCUCCGCCAUCUCCUCUCCUGGGAUCUGGAAGAUAUGCUCUAUGUCAAGCUCAACAUGCGGACGUCCGGCUCCAAGCACAGCCUCUCGCCGGGCCUCCCCGCCAAGAUCCGCGUCUGGAACAACCUGGAUGCACGCCUCUAUGACCACUUCAACACCUCGCUGUGGCACCAGCUGGCAGCCCUGGGCCCAGCAUGCGUGGCCAGGGAGCUGCGGCUGCUCCGCAGGGCCCAGGAGAAGCUGGUGAGGGGCUGCUUCGGUGGAGGGCUCCCCCAGCUCCGCUCGGCUGCCCAGAUCAAGAACAAGGAGCUGCGGCCGUGGCAGCCCAGCGCAAAGGUGGACAUCGUGGGCUAUGAUCUGCCGACCAACACCAAUGCUACACGGCCCGGAAGCCUGGCCCACGAGCUGUGUCUUAAGCUCAUCAUGCCCGAGGUCCAGUACACCAGGGUCCUGCUACGAUCGCAGUCGCUACGCUACCGACGAAGCUACCCCCUCCGCUCCCCUCAGCCCCAGCAGCCCAUACGGUCGGUCCUAUCGCGUCGCCAACAUGUGGGGAUGCAGCCGAUGCACCGGCAGGCCCCUCCUCCUGGACCUGAUCCUGCCUUGAGCCCCACAGCCACUCCUCGACCCCCAGGGACCCAGAGCAGGGCCACCAGGGUGGGACUAAGGUCCCCGGGCCCCCAGAGGAAGACACCAUAACUUAAGACUGGGCUCCAGCCUUUAAUAUAGAAUGAAUACAGACAGACAGACAGACAGACAGACAGACAGACAGACAGACAGACAGACAGACAGACAGACAGACAGACAGACAGACAGACAGACAGACAGACAGACAGAC